AUGGAUAUAUUUCCGUUAAAAUUCGAUUCGGGGGUUGCACAUUUUGUGAAUUUCAGCGAAGACUUCGUGCAGAAGGUGUUCAACUCAAUUGACCUGGACCACUCUGGUAAGGUGUCGGCCGCCGAACUGCGUGUGGGUCUGGCAAAAUGUGGCUGUAACUAUACGAAAAAGAAUAUUGAGAAGUUCGUGCGAGAACACGACACAAAUGGAGACGGCCAAUUGGACAUCGACGAACUCCGGCGCUUCAUUGAAAUGUCCGAAGCCAGGAAGUAG